AUUCGCUGCUCUAAUCCCUAUAUACGGGUAUGAGAGAGUUGGAGAGAUUUGUAGGGGCCCUGGUUGCUCAUUUAAAUCAAAUGUUCAACCCAAAUUUGGAUGUCAAGAGUCAAGGGAAGCAGUUGACGUCCUCUGGCCUAGCUUUAAUAACCCAACAACCUCCCUCUCGCCUUAAUUAGCCCCACGCCCUACUCGUUCCCUUCCUAAGAAAGCCCCAAAGGUGCCCGCAACCACCGGUAUAAAUUCUCUAAUACACCCUUUCCUGCACACCAGAUCGGAUCUGAUUGGAUCGAAGUGUGUUGGGUUCGAUGGGGAUCAGGUUCAUCAACUUGAACUCAAUUUGUUUAUUAAAUAGAUAACUUGAUCCAACUAUAUAACCUGUUCAUUAAACAAGCCAAAUUAGGUUAAACAGAUUAAUAGGUUAAGUGGGUUUUAAACGAAUUAAAUGGAUAUAAACGAGUUAAGCGGGUUGGAUUAAACUAGAGAGAAACUGGUUAAGUAAUUUGUUAACGAUUAAAUAUAUCUUAAAUAAAUUAAAUAGCUUAAGUCAUGAUCCAAUUAAUUAUUAAAUAAAUAAAAAUAGGUUAAACAAUUUAAGGGCCUAAACUUAAAUCCAACCCAUCUAAUAAACAAGUUCAGCCGAAUAAAUGCUUUAUGACCCAAAUUUAUUUAUGUCAAACCAAAUCUUAAUUGUGGGUCGGAUUCAAAGAAUGAAUUACCACCUUUAUGCAAACCUACCAUUUAUUUCUUUCCCUUAAUUUGGAAAUCUAUUUAUUAACCGGACGAAACUUUUGCCAACCAUGUAUACACUGACUCUGAUUUCUGAAUACCAAUCUGGCACGCUUUCCUCAUACGAUGGUUCAAGUUUUCAACGGACAAGAAGGCUCAUACCAAGAGUCUCUCCCUCCCCAAAAGUUCAGAUGAAGCUCCUCUCCAUCGCCAAUAGGCUGCCCUCCUCCCCCAUCUGCCUCGCUGCGCUAUCCUUCAUCUUCUUUGCAGCCACGCUCUUUGCUGUGGACUUCACUUCCAUCCUCAAGCUCUCAUUUAUAAAGUACCAAGAGAUCGGACCCAUCGUCAGGGAACAAGAAGCAUCGACGUCGGCGCAGGCCAAAAUUUCCCAGGAAGGAGACACGGCUGCAUUGGCAACUGAGAAGAAUAUCGGCGUCCCAUUUGCCGUUGGAAGGAUGGAGAGGUGCGACGUGUUCAGCGGCCGAUGGGUCUACGACGAGGCGUCGAGGCCUCUUUACACCGAGAGACAAUGCCAUUCCAUCGAUCCCACGACCAACUGCCGAGCUUAUGGAAGGCCUGACACCGCAUAUUUGCAUUGGAGAUGGCAGCCUCAUGGGUGUUCCCUGCCAAGCUUCAAUGCUACAUUUAUGCUUGAAAGGCUUCGAAGUAAAAGAAUGCUCUUUGUAGGAGAUUCAUUGACUCGAGGCCAGUUCAACUCCAUGAAAUGUCUCCUACGUGAUUUCAUUCCCAGACACACGAAAUCCACGAAACACUUCACUGUUCCGGAUUACAACCUUACCAUUAGGUUCCACUGGGCUCCCUUUCUCGUCACGUCAAACUGCGACCAUCCCCGGCUACAUCGGGUGCCAGAUAGAAUAGUUCACGAAUAUUCUGGAUCCAUCGAAAAGCAAGCUGAGCGUUGGAGGAAAGCUGAUAUUAUGGUCUUCAACACGUAUGCGUGGUGGAAACCAGGGGAAAAGAUGAAAAUUGUGCGACGGAAUCAGGAUGAGACGGACGUGGAGUUGAUGGAAACAGAGGACGCAUAUCAGCUGGUGUUGAAGAGGAUGGUGAGCUGGUUGGAGGAGAACAUGGAUCCCAACAAGACCAGGGUCUUCUUCACAACCAUGUCACCUGCUCAUUAUAGGAGUACCGAGUGGGGAGGUAAGCUGGGCGGUAGCUGCUAUGGCGAAGCAACUCCAAUCUUUGAUCCAACAUAUUGGAGCUCCGCUUCUAGCAAAAGAAUGAUGGGGGUGGUAGGAGAAGUAUUAGGCAGUUCAAAGGUUCCCAUCACUAUUCUCAACAUCACCCAGCUCUCAGCAUAUCGGAAGGAUGCACACACCUCGAUCUAUAAGAAGCAGCCAUACAAUCUAACACGAGAGCAACUGGCGAACCCUAUAACCUAUGCCGACUGCAACCAUUGGUGCUUGCCUGGUGUUCAGGAUACUUGGAACGAGCUCUUCUACUCCAAGCUCUUCUUUCCCUAGCAGCAUGCAUGCAUGGUUUAUUUACAAUGAUAGCAAAACCAUUAUCCUCAUUAGAUUUUUUUAUAUAUAUAAGUAUUUGUCCUCGAUCAUUGUUUACGUUUGUUUCCCCUAAUUUAAAAGAUUUUGGUAUUAUAUCCCUCCCUUGGACAUGUUAUUUUACAGUUUCUAACGUUGUAAUUUGUGCAUGUGGCAAGAGAGGGGAAGGAAGCAUUUCUCCUUUGUAAGGGGGUUGAGCCUGCUUGAAUGUUUGAUUGAACCUUUUCCAACUCUCGUGAAAGGUUAGGAAAAGUUUUGUAUAAAUGUAUCACCGUGUUAUUAAGUAUUUUACUUUAAGUUCUUUUCUA